CUUUCUUUCUUUUUCUCUCUCUGUCUCUUUAUUUCUACAGAAUCCCCUUUUCUUAGAACACUGUAAAGCAGGAAUUGCUCUGAUGGAGGGAGAGGGAGGAGACCCCAGAAGCAUACCUGUUCACUUUCCCCUUUUUCUCAAAGUGGGCCCUAAUGCUCUUCUUCAGAACACAUUUUAAUGCCAUUUAACUACAGUGUUCCAGGGUCUGGGCUUGGGGCCUCUUAGGCAUUGCCCUCAAAUGAGUCGGUAAUUCUCCCUUAGCCAACAUGUACCUAUACCCAAGGCAUGGAAGUAGGAGGAGGCAGUGAGGAGCCUGAGAUCGGGCCUGGAUCUCCUCAGGGUCAAGGAGGGUUUCCUUUAAUGCACUGCGUGGUCUCUCGCUUUCUCUGCAGGUUCCAGCCAGCCUGCUGAGGCCAAGACAAAGACCCAGAGCAUGAGUCAUCGAUUAGGCAUGUUCCGUAUGCCCUCUGCCCAGAUGAGGGGUCAGGGCCUCAGAAACCAGAGAAUCCACACCCACCUGAUGGAGAUGAUGCUGCACUUGAAGCAGACCAUAGAGAAGAACCUCAUGCACCUAACAACCAGGCACCUGCAGCAGGACCUGGUGCUGGAGGAGCAGAGGCACAGUCAGGCCGCCAGUGAGCAGGAAGCCCUCCUGGGCCGCUUAAUGUACCAGUUGGUCAACCUCCUACAGUCUGGGGCCAUGGGUGGCCUAGGGCUCCAACCGUCUUGCCCUUCCCUGGAUGUUAGGCAUGAUGUCAGAGGUGGGCAGUGGGCCCAGUCCCCCAGGCAGCCUGACUGGCCAGUUCACCAACUGAGUGAUCUUGAAGCUACAUUUGUCAGUCAGCACCUGUCCAGCCGUGGGAUUGACAUCUCUGCCUUAUAUCACUCCAGCUUCCAGGACUACAAGAUCUACCAAAGAGACAAAUACCACGAGGACAAGAACACCAUGGGCUUCAUUAACCUUGGACUCAGUGAGAAUAAGCUCUGCCUCGAUCUGAUGACUGAACGGUUGAGUCAGAGUGAUAUGAACUACAUUGAGGAUGACUUGCUGCAAUAUCCUGAUUGGAGAGGGCAACCAUUCCUGCGAGAAGAGGUGGCCCGGUUCCUGACCUACUACUGCAAGGUACCUGACCAGCUUGAUCCAGAAAAUGUAGUUGUUCUAAAUGGCUGCUCCUCUGUAUUCUCCACACUGGCCAUGGUUCUUUGUGAUCCAGGGGAGGCCUUUCUGAUUCCUGCCCCCUUUUAUGGUGGCUUCGCCUUUAGUGCCUGCCUGUAUUCGAAAGUUGAGCUGAUUCUUGUCCACCUGGACAGUGAGGUCACAGAUGCAAAUCCCCAUCCUUUCCAGCUCACUGUGGACAAGCUGGAGCAAGCUCUACUUGAGGCUAGGCUUACAGGGAAAAAGGUCAGAGGCCUCAUUCUAAUCAACCCUCAGAAUCCUUUGGGAGAUGUCUACUCUCGAGACUCACUACAAGGAUACCUGGAGUUUGCCAAGAAGUACCACCUUCAUGUAAUUAUAGAUGAGAUUUACAUGCUGUCUGUGUUUGAUGAAUUCAUCACAUUCCACAGUGUUUUGAGCAUGGAAAGUUUGCCUGACCCCAACAGGACCCAUGUGAUCUGGGGCACCAGUAAGGAUUUCGGCAUCUCUGGCUUCCGCUUUGGUGUUCUCUACACCCACAACAGGGAGGUGGCCUCUGCUGUGAGCUCUUUUGGCUACCUCCAUGGCAUUUCUGGCAUUGCCCAGCAUAAGUUGUGCCGGCUGCUCCAGGACAGAGAGUGGAUUGACAAAGUAUACCUGCCCACCUACCGCUCCCGGCUGCAGAUAGCUCACGGAUACAUGACCAAGAAGUUGGAGGCAUUAGGGAUCCCUUUUCUCAACCGUGGCUCUGGCCUCUACAUCUGGAUGAACUUGAAAAUGUACCUGGAUCCGUGCACCUUUGAGGAAGAGCUGCUCCUGCAUCGCCGCUUCCUGGACAACAAGCUGAUCUUGUCCCGUGGCAGGACCUACAUGUGCAAGGAGCCCGGCUGGUUCCGUAUCACCUUUGCGGAUAAGCCCCUCCUGCUAAAACAAGCCAUGCACCGGUUCUAUCAGGUGCUCUCGGAGCAGAAGCAGGAUCUGAUCAUGAAGCAACUGGAGAAUGCACAGAGAGAGUAAGUGGGCUGCCGCCAGUCACAUGCUCAGGGCAUCCCUGACAUCAGCGUCUGGUCCAGAAGGCUGAGGGUUUUGGCCUGAUGCUGUGACAGAGCCAACAAGGGGCUCUUCCAGGAAUGGGCUCAUCUGACCCAAUCAUCAAUUUUCUCAAGCUGAGCAUCUGUCGUUUUGGAAGCGUUGCACCUUUUUAGUCUUUGCUAGCCAUUGUGUGCCUAUGUGGAAUGCUUUUAUAGAGUUUGGGGUGGGAGCUUUCGGGGUCCCUAUUUUGAUGGUUUUACUUUUGUAUUUAGUAUCUAAUAAAUUUAAUCUUCUCUUAAACUCUAGGCCUAUUUUAUUUCUUUACAUUCUUUUGUAUCAUCUUUGGGGGAUUUUUUUUUUUUUUUGGUCCUUUUUAAAUUCUAAGGCAGGUUAUAUGUGAAGAAUACUGCAUGGGGAAGGUCAGAAAGGAGGAAAAAAAGCGAUCUCUAAUUGACAGAGCGUGUUCUAGCUGUCAGGAUCCUAUGAGACACUGCAUCCCAUGAGAUCAGGCCCACCUUACAUCUGAGUGGGUAAGUGCAGGGUGGGGGCAUAAUACCAGACGUCCCUUCUUCCAAAUAGGAGUUCUUUCCAUUUGCGCCCCGUUCAAGAGGCUUUUAAAAUGAAUCUCUGGUGAUGAGCCUGGGAUCUCCCAGUUUCAUAUCGAGUGUUUUCAGCUGUUGGAAUCACAUCACCUGGGAGUUGCUCUGUAAAGCUCUUGGAUAUCUGCACUCUAGUUGGGGGAUUGAUGCUGUGAAACUGGCACAGCAGGGACUACCACAUUUUGUAGAGGACAGAAGAGCUUUUAGCACCAAUUGAUAGCUUUGGUCGGUCACUUGGGUUUGUGAUCAUCCUCCCUCUCUUGGGUCCAGAGUUGGUGGUUCUUGUUCUUCAAUGACAAUCUUUCUUCUUCUUCUUCUUUUUUUUUUUCUAAUCAUCAAAAAGUAGCAUGCCAACAAAUCCUGAUUCUUCAGUUUGUUUUUUUUUUUAACCCCGGAAACUUUUUUUUUUUUAAGAGAAAUUGACUAAUAAGGUAAUGGACAAGGGCAAGGGAGUUCACUGUAUGAAUGAGGGAGCUCACAGGACCAGAGAGAAGAUGAAGAUCAGAACCACAAGUGCUCUCGGGAUCUCUCUAUGGGACCUAAUAGCGAGUCUCAUGAGCACACUGUGCUGGGGCAAAAGGGGUGGUGACUUCCAUGGAAGGGGUAGACUAUUUCUGUCUUCAUUUCCACUCAAGAUUUGAAUGGCUGAAGGG